GGCAGGACGAACCAAGAAGUGCCGCCACGUGACGACGAAUGGAGGAACCAGGGCCAGUGCUAUCAUCGGGAGGAAUCGCGCACGGACGAGGCCACAUGAUGGAGAACGACAGGAACAGCGAGCUGACCGAGAUGUGCCACUUCAACGGGUGCGCCGAACGCGUCCGACCCGGGACCCGCAAGUGUGCCUUUCAUCGAAAGAAGGGCAUCUGCCAUAUUCACAACUGCCACAACCAAGUGUACGCCCGUGGUCUGUGCGUCCGCCAUGGCGCACGGAAGCCCUGCAACUUUCCAAAGUGUGAGGGGUACGCACGAAACGGAGGGUUCUGCACGAGGCAUGGCGACCGACACCCGAUCAAGCUGUGCUCCGUUCAAGGAUGCCAGAACAAGGCACAUGCGCGGCAAAAGUGUGUGCGGCAUGGCGGUGGCCAAAAGUGCAAAGCAGACGGAUGUGACAUGCAUGCGCGGACAGGGGGGUGGUGCUCCCGCCACACGCCCAUGGAUGACGCAGAUCGGUACAGAAUCAAGCCAUUUCGACCCCCCACUUUGGAACAUACCAAGCCGUGCGCAGGCAUUUCAAUGCACGACAUUUGUCACUUGCUGUCAGCGUCCUACGGCCUCCCAACGCUGGUCAACAUGAACUUGGCUCAGUCGUGCACCGCCCUGCCGUCGAUCAAGCUCUCGUCCGACAGCAAGCCUUACUUCAUCGUGCAUGACUUUCCAGACGACGACGAAUUGUCGGAUCAAGAGACAUGUAAUGUGGCCGUGCGUCGAGUGUAAACACCCCAAUUUAGAGGUAUCCCAGAUAUGACACGAGCAACGCUGGGGCCACUGCAGUGUACAGUGUGUAAAAGCCACCACUCGGAUCGAGUAUGCCUUGCCCCAGUCAUGCUUCCUAUCGGAUGUACUUUGGCGCAGGAUGUCUCCUGGGUUGUGUUGAAGUCGUCGGGUGCGGAUGAUGUGCAGCGUGAUCUGGUGCAUCCCACCCCGAGUCGCGUUCAUUCGUGUGGGUGCGUGGUGAGAACAACUCCACUCACGGCAUCGACCGCCGAGACAGAGCUUGCUUGGAUCGAGUUGCGUCCAUGGCAAUGCCGCGUCGGCUGUCGUUCGACGAUUCAUUCGUUUCACUUGGGACAGUGGACUGUGGUAGUAGUGCUCGUGGGAAAUGCACGGGGUGUUGGAGCCCAUCCUCGUCGGCCAUGGCUGCGAAUUUCAGGGGCAAUUGCCGUCCGUGGCGUUGUUGGAGAAUUCCUUCGUGUCUGCACUGGCGGUCGGUGAUAGGCAGCACGGGGUCACCGCGGGAGGUUGCGCUCUCCGAGUUGGCAUGCACAGUCGUAUUGAUGCGUUCGUCUAGUCGCUCGUGUCACUGGCACUGUCGUACAUCAUGUCAAAAGUACUUCCCUUCCCUUCGCUGCGCAGGGCGUAGAAGAUUCCGGUGCCCCAUUGACUUCACUUGUUUGGGGCACAUGUGUUCCUUCAAACACCAUGAUGUGAUCGUCGUCCAGCGCCAUGUCGAGGCGAUGGGGAUCAUGAGCACGGUGGAUCCUGUACACUCUUGGCGGGAUCACGCGCUGCAAGUCCUAGUCCGUUUCGUGGUCCGUCGCUUUAUCCUUC